AACCAACAACAAAACCUUAAUCAACACUAACGAGUAGUCACUCGAUAAAUAGGUUUCCCUUGGUACACGGGAAGCUCAUUUUACAUCCGGAACUUGGAUGGAGGAACUAUAGGUAAGUAAGUAGGUAUCCACUAGGAGAAAGGCGUAGGUCGAGCUUUCGUCUUGGUCGCGAGCUUGCAGAAUCGUCAGUCGUUUCUCGCGUCUCGUCGAUGAAGCACACCCCCAACCCUAUAUAAGAAACAUUCGCGAUAAAUCGGCAAAAUUUAAUCGUAAUCUCUACAUUUUCGUUCCAUUAAUCUUUCUCCUUCUUUUCGAGGAAAAAAAAUCAUUAUCCCGUGUAUCUUAUUCCAAGAAGAACAAAUCUCUUUUAUCGUUGACAAAAAAAAAAAGAAGAGGAGUAACAAUACGUGACAGAAGUGAUUAAAAAAAUAAAAAUCUUUUUAUCUUGUGAUUUUAAGUUUUCUUCGCAAAAGUUAAUUGGUGUAUUUUUGAUUGACGUGAUCGAUCGAUUUUUCAUGGACUUUUCAUACGAGAAAUUCUUUGCGCGACAUGAUGAGAGACAGAACUGUUAGAGGUGAGGAAGAGCUUUAAAGAUCCGUGAAUUAUGGUGGAUAAAUUGCACGAGUACGAAGGUUUCGCUGGGAGGGUGCACGAUGUUCGAGACAAGUUUAAAGAGAAAUGGGAGGCGUGGAAGGAGUGGAAGAAUGGGAUACCGAUGGACCAAGGGAUCGAGGGGAUCUUGAAUCAUAUACGAGGACCGCCAAAGUUGGAGAGAACUUUGGAUGAUUAUGCGCAUAUUUACAGAAAAAAGACGCGAGGAGAAUUGGUACGUGUAUCCGCGGCUGUAAUGGGAAUCGAAUUUUCAUAUGCCGCGGAAACAGCAUUUGUUUCACCAACUUUAUUGAAAAUCGGCGUCGAUCAUCAGCAUAUGACCCUCGUCUGGGCACUCAGCCCUCUUAUUGGCUUUUUCGUGACGCCGAUUUUAGGAAGCUUGAGCGACAGAUGCAGAUUGAAAUAUGGAAGAAGAAGACCCUUCAUCCUAUUAUUGGCUUUAGGAGUUUUAAUAGGAUUAAUAUUAGUACCGAACGGUGAGGAUAUGGGAUACGCGUUUGGAGACAUUCCAUCUACAUCGACUAAUUAUACAGUUCCCGUGGGACAUCGAACCACAGCGAAACAUGCGAAAGAGGAGUUAGCGAAACCUCCAUCUCACUCUUGGGGAAUUUUCUUCACGAUUCUGGGGACGGUUUUGCUCGAUUUCGAUGCGGAUGCUUGUCAAAGUCCAGCCAGAGCUUAUUUACUCGACGUCACUGUACCUGAUGAUCAUGCUAAAGGUUUAAGUACAUUUACUAUAAUGGCGGGUUUAGGAGGUUUCAUGGGAUAUGGAUUAGGUGGCAUUAAUUGGGACGCUACGGCAAUAGGAGUUAUGUUAGGUGGACAUCUUCAUGCCACUUUUACCUUGAUAACAAUUAUUUUUCUUAUUUGUGUUUCUUGUACUAUUACCAGUUUCAAAGAAAUCCCAUUAGAAUUAUUGGAAAAGGAUCAGGAAUAUCAAUAUUUACAAGAACAAAAGAUAUCUGGUGAAGAAAAAGAGGAUGAACAAAAGGAACAUGAAAAAAUUACUACGGACGAGUGUGUUUCUUAUGGCAGCCUAGACAAUGACCAAGAAAUUGCUACUAAAAAGAACGAAUUUGUUCUUAAACCCCUUCCAAUUCAAGAACCGGAGAAAAGAGCUGGUCAAGUACCAAUGAUACCAGAUGUAACCAUUCAAAAUACUGAUUACAUGAAACAUGGUUUCAACGAAGAUAUGGCAGGAAAUCCAAAAGCCACAUUAACGGAAUAUCUUCUUUCAAUCGUGUAUAUGCCGCACAGUCUUCGUAUGGUGUGCUUAACUAAUUUAUUCUGUUGGAUGGCACACGUAUGUUAUUCCUUGUAUUUCACGGAUUUUGUUGGAGAAGCUGUUUAUGGUGGAAAUCCACAGGCUCCAGAAGGUACCAAGGAAAGAGAAUUAUAUGAAAGUGGAGUUCGUUUUGGAUGCUGGGGAAUGUCUAUGUAUUCAUUAUCUUGUUCUUGUUAUUCACUGGUCAUCGAGAAACUCAUAGAACGCUACAAAGCUCAGAGAGUUUACAUUUGCGGCUUACUAUUCUACAGCACCGGAAUGAUGAUGAUGGCAUUAACGAAACAUCCCGCAGGAGUGAUUAUAUUCUCAUGGACCGCAGGUGUUAUGUAUUCCACGUUAUUCACUAUGCCGUAUCUACUAGUUGCACAUUAUCAUGCUUCAUCCACUUUCGAAGUAACAACCGAGGGUGAAGCCAUUCAAAGCGGAGGAGUACGUGGUCUUGGCACAGACGUUGCAAUCGUCUCUUCCAUGGUGUUUUUAGCCCAGUUCCUACUCUCCUGUUGUCUCGGGACAAUUGUUAGUAAAUCUGGAACUACUACGGCGGUGGUAUAUGUAGCUAGUACUCUCGCUGCUUGCGGAGCCAUUUCUGCAACGCAGAUCAUGUAUCUGGAUCUUUGA